ACUUGUCGUGUUAUUAGUGCGAAUUUUGUGUUUGGCAUAGUAAAGACGCGGCGGAUAUUUCUGUACACCCGCCCUAGUAAUUAUUAAUAAUAAUGUGACAAAUAGCAAAACAGAAAGCUACGAAAGAUAUUAUUCAAUCUGCAGAGUACAAAACAAAAGAAUUUACCAUAAAUUUAUUAAAUAUUGAAAUUAAUUACCUGCUUGCCAACGAUGCCUUUAACUAUAAAUGUCUUAAGGACCCAAUGGAAAGCCUUUACAUCGGCUCAUCCAUUGCUAAGGGGUUCAUUGUCCUAUGCGAUUCUGUGGCCCACAAGUAGUUUAAUACAACAGACAUUAGAGGGUAAAAAUUUGAAAACCUAUGAUUAUAUGCGUGCCUUAAGAUUUGGCAUCUUUGGCUCAUUAUAUGUUGCACCCUCUUUAUAUGGAUGGGUGAAGCUGACAUCGGCUAUGUGGCCACAAAUGACAUUACGCGUUGGACUUAUAAAGGCCGCCAUCGAACAAUUAUCCUAUGGACCCUUCGCCUGUGCCAGUUUCUUUGCUGGCAUGUCUUUGCUGGAAGGUAAAUCAAAGGAGGAAGCUGUGCAAGAAGUACAAGAUAAAUUCCUACCAACAUUUAAGGUUGGCAUUUGCAUAUGGCCUGUGUUACAGACCAUUAACUUUUCCAUGGUACCCGAAAGACAUCGUGUCGUAUUCGUAAGUAUUUGUAGUUUAAUGUGGACCACCUUUUUGGCCUACAUGAAGCGAAAGGAAAUGCAUGAAAAUGAAGAACAACAGGAAGACGAUCUCACUACACAACACCUUGGCGAUGUACAACGGGGGAAAGCGUUAACCCUGUAAAGGAUAAUCCUCCUAAAAUUUAGAAUAAUCUUUAGUGCAAUUUUUUGUUAGGAUUUUAAGUGCUAUUUUUUUAGUUUUAGGGUGUAUUGU